AUGUCAAAAUUCUCUAAUUACCUUCGUUUACCUUCGUUAAAUGGAUUUCCAAUUAAAACUGUUAAAGCCGGUACAGGAGAUAAUGUAGAUCGUGAUACAAGUCACACUGUAACCAGUAGAGAUUCUU